UCUAAGUAAUGAAGGUAUGACUAUCGACAAUAACGUUGCUCUAAAUCCUAUACUCAUUCUUUCUCAAUAGUCAUAAUUUUGCCGAAAAAAAGACUUUUGAUAAAUCACCAAUAAUUUUAGUUAUCGAAGUCGUACAAACUUGUCUAUUAGUCUUCGAAAUUAAAGUGAAGAUUUUUUCACCGAUUGAAAAUUGAAAGUUAAUUAACUGAUGUCUAUUGAGAAAAGCUGACACUAGGGCUAUGGGAGAAUUAUUGUAUCAUUCUCAUUUCAUAGUAAUAACUAGGUUUAAUAGGCCCAUGUUUAUAGGACGUAAACAGAAAGACUUUAAUCUUUUCUUCUCAGCAAAUUAUUGCAGCCAUUUUAUUGGAACAGAUACUUUUGUCCUUUAUAGCAUAUUAAAAUCACUCUAUUCUGAAGCAUUGUUCAUUAUCAAUGUCUGAAUCUCUGAGGUACUCAUUUCAAAAUAUUUCGCUUUAGUAUAUUUCUUGGUAUUCAAACGAUUCACUUAUUCUUCUAAUUGUUCUUGUUCCAAAUUACCCUAUUACACAGCUUCUCUGAAGGGGAUCAAGAGCAAACAUGGCCAACUAGACAAGAUAUUCAACAAUCUGAACAUCAAUUAAAAAAAUGUGUACCUAAAGGGGCUUCUCAUAUCAAACUGCAUGAAUUAUUUCUGAGGAUGAAGGAUUUUGAUAAAGAUCAUCAAGAAAUGAUGACUGAUUAUGGUGAUGAUCUACAAUCAAUUAAAGUUGAUCAACAAGAACAUUCUGAAGAUGAAGAAGAAAUCGAAAUAAUUAUGAUGAAAAAACAGAUUUAG